ACUGCCUCUGCCUGGCUUUUCCUUUGGUUCUCGGUGUGCUGCGCCCACCCCUGGUGUUCCAGGUCUGGUUGAUAACUGGGGUGUGGAAUGAUGGACACUGGAGUGGCUGAGGGGGUCCUUGGGGAACUUCUGCUCCUCUCCCAUUCCUGGGGUCACACGUGGAAUCCUCCUGGUGAUUCCCAGUGAUGAACCCAAGAGCUUGGCUGGAUGUGGGAUGUGAUGGCACAGAUGGGGUGGAUGGUGGUGGUCAGGAAAAGCCCUGCAUUGGAACUACCCUGGAUCCGGGGGGGCUCAUUCUGCCCUUCCCCGGGAAGUCUGGAAUGACACAGAGCCCGGGCUGAAAACAGCAUCUCUUACUCCGCCCAGGUUUGAGCUUUCUCAGGGCUGCGGCGUUUCAGGGGAUGUUGCACAACCACCGGAACACCCGAGCGCGGCACCACCCCAAAGCCGGGCAGGGAUGCUCCAGAGGCAGCACCCGCUGGCACCAUGGAUCCAUCCCAGGGAUGCUCAUCCCACAGCCCCAUUUCUCCCCUCUUGCAGCCCCCCGGGCAGGUGUUUUGGGGCAGGGCGGGCUGGGGUUCGGGGUGCGGGGGGGUGUUGACGCCCCGAGCCCGUUCCUGCGGAUGUGCCUCUUGCAGCACCUUCCUGCGGCUGCGGCUGCGCCUCCCGCCCGGAGCCUGCGGUUGGGGCGGGGGAUUUCCUGCCGUGCCAAUGCCACGAGGCCGGGACAACACCCGGGACAACACCCAGCAGCCCCCCGAGAGCCCCUCCGAGCAUCCUGGGGAUGGUGCAGAGAGGAGGAGCCCGGCACGAGGGUUGUGCAAAAAACAUCAAGUCAGGCCCUCCUCCUCCUCCUCCUCCUCCUCCUCCUCGUGUGCUAAGGCGUUUCCCGGUGUGGCGGUAUCUCCGGCACCCAGGCCCCCUCCCUGGCCAUGCCCACACCGUGCCCGGGGGGGGUGGCAUCCCUGGCACCAGGUUCGCCGUCACUUCUGCUUUCGGAGCGACGCGAACCCCGGCGCGCAGCUGCUCCGCGGGGCCGCCGCUGGGGCCGAGCCGGGGGCUCCCACAGGGCAGGAAGCCCCUUUUUGGGGUGCAACCCUCCCCGAGGGGUGCCCGCCGCCCCCCAGCCCUCGGUGGCCCCACUCUCGGCGUGACGCCCUUCCCCCGCGGGCUCUGCAAACCGCAGCCGCUUUUCCGCGCUCGCUCCCCGCCCCGCCCGGCCGGAGCUGCAGGCGGACGCUGCCCACGACGCCCCACGGGUGGGUGCCGCUGCUGGGGCUGCCCCCGGGCCCCCGCCGCUGAGACCUGCAGUCGGGAUCCCCCCGCGUUCAUCGGCACAGGUCCCAUGGCGCUGGGCUGGGCAGUGCUGGUGCUGCUGGUGCUGAGCCCCCUGCGGGCGUGUGGGGCUGAGCUGCUGGAGCCGGGGCUGCCCCGGGGCGGGCAGUGGGUCUGGGGGGUGGCCAAGCCCCGUGGGAAGAGGGAUGACAGCGGGCAGGAGCCCGGUGCCACCGCGAUGAUCGGCAGUGACAAGAGCGAGGGUGUGUCUGUGCCACCACCAGCACCCGUCACCAAGGCCAGCCUGCUCCGGGUGCCGACCACAGCCGAUCCCAUGGAUGAUUCCCCCGAGCCUGAGCUGCUCCUGAGCUCUGCAGCACCAGAGCCCAGCACCAACACCAGCCUGCUCCGAGUGCUUGCAGCGUCCACCACAGCCGAGCCUUUGGAUGAGACAGAUUCCCCUGAACCCGAUUUACUGGAGGAUUCUGCGGCACCAGCAGCACCCAGCGCCAGCACCAGGCUGCUCUGGGUGCCUGUAGUGUCCACCACAGCUGAUCCCAUGGAUGAGACAGACCCCCCUGAUCCCGACCUGCUCCUGAGCUCUGCCCCACCACCAGCACCCAGCACCAAGGCCAGCCGGGCGCUCGUGGUGCCAAGCACAGCUGAUCCCAUGGAUGAGACAGAUUCCCCUGAUCCCGACCUGCUGCCAGGCUCAGAGCCCGGCACAUCCUCGGCACCCCAAAGGAGCAUCGCCACCACCACCCGCAGCUGGCUCACGUCACCCUUGGAGGAGGACACAGUGACUGAUGGCCUGGACAGCGGCUCCUCCACGGGCCCACGCUCAGCUGCCCCCCCAGCCUUCGUCCUCACCACCACGGGCUACAAGAAACCCAAGAAAUCCGGAGCUCCGCCUGCAGCGACCCCCCCGGCCCCUUGGGACACGGCGGCGGUGCCCUGGGAGCCCAGCGGGGUGAUGAGCAGGUGCCUGCUGGCCAUCGUGCUGCUGGGGCUGGUGGCCGCCACCUUCGUGGUGUGCACGGGCGUGCUGGGCUCGCUGCUGUGGCGGCGGGCGCGGACGGGGCAGCGCCGCUUCAGCCGCACCGAGAUGGUUUGUAUCUCCUCGCUGCUGCCCGACGCCGAGGCGGCCGCCGGCCCCCGGCCUGUCCCCGCCCGGCGGCACAAGCUGCUGCUGCCCGACGGCAGCUCCGAGCCCGACGGAGACAACCUGACUCUCAGCAGCUUCCUGCCGGAGCACUCCUGAGCCGCAGGGAUGGAUCCCGCAUCCCGCAUCCCGCAGCGCUGCGGUGGAGCGGCGGGCGGGGGAUCCCCUGUCCCCCGGUGUUUUAACUUGGACCGGUGUGAAUGAGCUGCUCCCCGCGGCCUGCUCAGCCCUCGAGCCACAUCCCAUUAAAGAAUUACCUGGA